AUGGCCACGUCAGAGAGUGCCAGCUUGAGUAAAACUGUGAAGCAGCAGUAUAUGGAUCUUCCUCAGGGAGACAAGGUCCAGGCCAUGUACAUCUGGAUAGAUGGGACUGGAGAGGGGCUCCGCUGCAAGACCACAACUCUGGAUUCUGAACCCAAGACCAUUGAAGGUAACCUCUGACUCUUGGUUUAAAUUGAUCUAAGCCUGUUGAAAUCGGUAAUAAGAAACUUUUGUGUUACACCAAGUGUUUUCCCCAAAGUUUUUCUCAGCAGAGGUAGUGGGGGUGGGGGACCGGGGCCAUGCCCCCCAGGAGAUUUUUGUUGAAGACAGGUCAUUUCUGAUUACUUUUAAAGGACACUACUCCAAAAUGCAUUAACAUUUUAUUAUAUUCUCUUCCUCUGAAACUCAACUGAAAAUUGUGGACAGUUGAAGUUUCUCUUGAUCUCAAUGACCUCACCAGCCAAUUCUAUAUUAACCCAAACAAUUAUUUAUCUAGCUUAAUGUUACUGUAUUUUAGCUAACAGUUGUUAAAUGCUUCUGUUAAUAGGGUUGGCUACACUUUCAGGAUUACAAGAGCUAGUUACCUUGGAGUUUUCUCUGACAAUCUGAUGAGAAUCUGAGGAAGAUUUGGAACUUGUCGCUCUGAUUUUAAAGGCGCGAGUGGCAGUGCGCCGCUGCUAAAUGAAUAUAGAGGAAACACUGGUUACACCCUUGUAACACAUUGUUCAAAGAGCUCCAACAAACAUUUACUUCUCAAAUACAGCAGAAACUCAAACAUACAGUGGGGAGAACAAGUAUUUGAUACACUGCCGAUUUUGCAGGUUUUCCUACUUACAAAGCAUGUAGAGGUCUGUAAUUUUUAUCAUAGGUACACUUCAACUGUGAGAGACGGAAUAUAAAACAAAAAUCCAGAAAAUCACAUUGUAUGAUUUUUAAGUAAUUCAUUUGCAUUUUAUUGCAUGACAUAAGUAUUUGAUCACCUACCAACCAGUAAGAAUUACGGCUCUCACAGACCUGUUAGUUUUUCUUUAAGAAGCCCUCCUGUUCUCCACUCAUUACCUGUAUUAACUGCACCUGUUUGAACUCGUUACCUGUAUAAAAGACACCUGUCCACACACUCAAUCAAACAGACUCCAACCUCUCCACAAUGACCAAGACCAGAGAGCUGUGUAAGGACAUCAGGGAUAAAAUUGUAGACCUGCACAAGGCUGGGAUGGGCUACAGGACAAUAGGCAAGCAGCUUGGUGAGAAGGCAACAACUGUUGGCGCAAUUAUUAGAAAAUGGAAGAAGUUCAAGAUGACGGUCAAUCACCCUCGGUCUGGGGCUCCAUGCAAGAUCUCACCUCGUGGGGCAUCAAUGAUCAUGAGGAAGGUGAGGGAUCAGCCCAGAACUACACGGCAGGACCUGGUCAAUGAACUGAAGAGAGCUGGGACCACAGUCUCAAAGAAAACCAUUAGUAACACACUAUGCCGUCAUGGAUUAAAAUCCUGCAGCGCACGCAAGGUCCCCCUGCUCAAGCCAGUGCAUGUCCAGGCCUGUCUGAAGUUUGCCAAUGACCACCUGGAUGAUCCAGAGGAGGAAUGGGAGAAGGUCAUGUGGUCUGAUGAGACAAAAAUAGAGCUUUUUGGUCUAAACUCCACUCGCCGUGUUUGGAGGAAGAAGAAGGAUGAGUACAACCCCAAGAACACCAUCCCAACCGUGAAGCAUGGAGGUGGAAACAUCAUUCUUUGGGGAUGCUUUUCUGCAAAGGGGACAGGACGACUGCACCAUAUUGAGGGGAGGAUGGAUGGGGCCAUGUAUCGCGAGAUCUUGGACAACAACCUCCUUCCCUCAGUAAGAACAUUGAAGAUGGGUCGUGGCUGGGUCUUCCAGCAUGAUAACGACCCGAAACACACAGCCAGGGCAAUUAAGGAGUGGCUCCGUAAGAAGCAUCUCAAGGUCCUGGAGUGGCCUAGCCAGUCUCCAGACCUGAACCCAAUAGAAAAUCUUUGGAGGGAGCUGAAAGUCCGUAUUGCCCAGCGACAGCCCCGAAACCUGAAGGAUCUGGAGAAGGUCUGUAUGGAGGAGUGGGCCAAAAUCCCUGCUGCAGUGUGUGCAAACCUGGUCAAGACCUACAGGAAACGUAUGAUCUCUGUAAUUGCAAACAAAGGUUUCUGUACCAAAUAUUAAGUUCUGCUUUUCUGAUGUAUCAAAUACUUAUGCCAUGCAAUAAAAUGCAAAUUAAUUACUCAAAAAUCAUACAAUGUGAUUUUCUGGAUUUUUGUUUUAGAUUCCAUCUUUCACAGUUGAAGUGUACCUAUGAUAAAAACUACAGACCUGUACAUGCUCUGUAAGUAGGAAAACCUGCAAAAUCGGCAGUGUAUCAAAUACUUGUUCUCCCCACUGAAUGGGUUGCUUUGACUAAUAACCCUGAACCGAAUGGGUAUUUGAAUCCCUGAGUUGCUCUUAUCGCAUGGUUACCUCCCUCUCUCCUUCAGAUCUCCCAGAGUGGAACUUUGAUGGUUCCAGUACGUACCAGUCGGAGGGCUCUAACAGCGAUAUGUACCUUAUCCCUGCUGCCAUGUUCAGAGACCCCUUCAGGAAAGACCCCAACAAACUGGUCCUGUGUGAAGUGCUCAAAUACAACCGCAAGCCUACAGGUAAGCCUAAGAAGUAAAGUGACACUGGGAGUCAUGUUCCUUGGGGCUCAAACAUUUUAAAUCUUUUGCAGCAGAAAAUGAAAAUAAGUAGUUUUAUUGGAUAGAUUUGGAGAAUACCACCCUGUUUGACUCCAUUUCGGAGUGUUUUCUUCCAUUUCGUGCUUGGUGAACACGGCCCAGCCUUGAGUAUCUUAUUGAACCCAGGCCUCAUUGGCUCAGUGUUGCAGAAAUGGUUUGAAUGACCAAUACAAUGUUUGUUGCCCUCCAGAAACUAACCUCAGGCUAACGUGUAAGAAGAUCAUGGAGAUGGUAGAGAACCAGGUGCCGUGGUUCGGCAUGGAACAGGAGUAUACCAUCCUGGGAACAGAUGGACAUCCCUUUGGCUGGCCUUCCAACGGCUUCCCUGGUCCACAAGGUCAGUUUGAGAGGUUACGUUUAAACAUAAAAUGUCAUUCAUUAGCAGAUGAUUUUAUCCAGAGUGACUUUCAGUUGGUAUAUUCAACUAGAGUAUUAAAUGUUUAGCGUUUAAACUGUUGAGGCUGACGAUGCAGUGUUUCUGAACAGGGCCCUACUACUGUGGAGUGGGAGCAGACAAGGCGUACGGUAGAGACAUCGUAGAAGCCCACUAUAGAGCCUGUCUUUAUGCUGGGGUUCAGAUCUGUGGCACCAAUGCUGAAGUCAUGCCAGCUCAGGUAAGAACCACUUUUGAUUAUUCUACUGAACAAAAAUAUAAAUGCAACAUUUUCAAAUAUUUUACUGAGUUACAGUUCAUAUAAGGAAAUCAGUCAAUUGAAAUAAAUAAAGGAGGCCCUAAUCUAUGGAUUUCACAUGACUGGGAAUACAAAUAUGCUUCUGUUGGCCACAGAUACCUUAAAAAAAGGUAAGGGCGUGGAUCUGAAAACCAGUCAGUAUCUGGAGUGACCACCAUUUGCCUCAUGCAGAGCGACACAUCUCCUUCACAUAGUUGAUCAGGCUGUUGAUUGUGGCCUGUGGAAUGUUGUCCCACUCCUCUUUAAUGGCUGUGUGAAGUUGCUGGAUAUUGGCGGUAACUGGAACACGCUGUCGUACACGUCGAUCCAGAGCAUCCCAAACGUGCUCAAUGGGUGACAUGUCUGGUGAAUAUGCAGACCAUGGAAGAACUGGGAUAUUUUCAGCUUCCAGGAAUUGUGUACAGAUCCUUGAGACAUGGGGCUGUGCAUUAUCAUGCUGAAACAUGAGGUGAUUGCGGCGGAUGAAUGUCAUGACAAAUGGGCCUCAGGAUCUUGUCAUGGUAUCUCUGUGAAUUCAAGUUUCCAUAGAUAAAAUGCAAUUGUGUUCAUUGUCCGUAGCUUAUGCCUGCCCAUACCAUAAACUCACCGCCACCAUGGGGCACUCUGUUGACAACGUUGACAUCAGCAAACCACUCGCCAACACGACGCCAUACACAUAGUCUGGGGUUGUGAAGCCGGUUGAACGUACUCUGGUGGAUAUUCCUGCGGUCAGCAUGCCAAUUGUACGUUCCCACAAAACCUGAGACAUCUGUGGCAUUGUUGUGUGACAAAACUGCACAUUUUAGAGUGGCCUUUUAUUGUCCCCAGCAGAAGGUGCACCUGUGUAAUGAUCAUGUUGUUUAAUCAGCUUCUUGAUUUGCCACACCUGUCAGGUGGAUGGAUUAUCUUCGCAAAGGAGAAAUGCUCGCUAACAGGGAUGUAAACAAAUUUGUGCACAAUAAGCUUUUUGUGCAUAUUGGACCAGUUCUUAGAUCAUUUAUUUCAGCUCAUGAAACAUGGGAUCAACACUUUACAUGUUGCGUUUAUAUAUUUGAUCACUGUAAAAUCAAAGGGAAAUUACUUUUUGGGCCAGUUUGCCGGAUACAGAUUAAGCUUAGUCUUAGAUUUAGAGAUUCUUCAUGCAGGAUUAGGCUAAAUCUGUGUCCAUGAAACUCUCCCUUAAUAUUCUGAAACUUAACCAUGUAAAUGUCCAAAAUUAUCAUCUCUCUGACUCCUAAGCCUAAUAUCUAUAUUGUUGUCUUCCAGUGGGAGUUCCAGGUUGGGCCAUGCGAAGGUAUCAACAUGGGUGACCAUCUCUGGGCAGCUCGGUUCAUCCUCCACCGGGUGUGUGAGGACUUUGGCGUGGUGGCCUCAUUCGACCCCAAGCCCAUCUCUGGGAAUUGGAACGGCGCUGGCUGCCAUACAAACUUCAGCACCAAGGAGAUGAGAGAAGAUGGUGGAUUGAGGUAGGCAUGGAUUAAAUUUGUGCUGUAAACCCAUUGCGCUAGUUUUAGGGCCAGUUUUCCUGGACCCAUAUUAAGCCUAGGCCUAGACAAAUGGCAAUUCUCCAUUGAAAAUGCUUCUUAGUUGAAGACUAGGCUUAAUCUCUGCCUGGGAAACCGGCCCAAAUGGUUUUUAAGUCUCAAGUCUCUAUAGCAGUGGAUUAACUCCUUCCGUCUUCUAUCCACACAGGGGCAUCGAAGAUUCGAUCGAGAAGUUGGGAAAGAGACACCGCUACCACAUCCGUGCCUACGACCCCAAAGGGGGGCUGGACAACGCUCGGCGCUUGACCGGUCACCACGAAACGUCCAACAUCCACGAGUUCUCAGCCGGUGUGGCGAACCGCGGCGCCAGCAUCCGCAUCCCCCGGUCAGUGGGUCAGGACAAGAAGGGCUACUUCGAAGACCGCCGCCCGUCUGCUAACUGCGACCCGUAUGCAGUCACGGAAGCUCUGAUACGCACAUGUUUGCUCAGCGAAGAGGGGGAGGAGCCUAAAGAAUACAGCAAAUGA